CAAUAAAAAAAAGGUAAAGAGAAAGACAGGUCAGCGAGGCUUAGGUAGAGAAUCCUAAACGAAGACGAAGAAACUACAGAGCAGAGACUAGAAGAAGACGAAGAAGAAGAAGAAGAAGCUGAAGAUUCUCAUCUUCUGUAAUGAAAGGCAAAUCACCAGACCUUGAAUCCACCGGGUCUGGCACAACUACAAAGCGAUCAAGCGUCUCAUCAGGAAGCCGAUCUCGCACCCGACGAGACUUCCUCACCAGGUUCACCAACAGCGAGCAUUUCACCGACAAGCUACAAGACUGGUUCUCUCUAUCACUACAAAACUCAGAGAGCGAUGCACCGGUUUUCGACCCUCCUUUUGAGCUAGUCGAGCUGCAAAAGUUCGACUACGCGCUGGAAGGAGUCUCCUUCCAGCAGCUAACUCGAAUGCCAAACGCCGUUUACGGUUCAACCUCAGCUUCCGUGGAGGCAAAUGCAUAUCUAGCAAUAGAAGACUUCUUGCACGCUACUGUCAAGACCCUGUGGGAGGCGUUCUGGAGCCAGGAGGACGAGCCUGUUCCUUUCUCCGUGGGCUGUCUCUACAAUCAGAAUCUUAAGUUUUACCAAGCCGAGCAAGCGUUAGCUCUCGGGAAGCUCGAGGAUCUUUCAGCAACCGGCGUUCUGUUAAAAAAUCCACGUCAUCCGCACGGGAAGUGGGAUCACAUUCUUGAACUUGCUCUCCUAAGACCUGACAUUGAGAGCGAUCAUCAUCAACCUUCGUUACCUCUCUUAGGGGAGGCUCUUUUCUAUGCUUUGCGUAUACUCAUCGCGAGAAGCGUGAGCCGUUUGGAUUUCUCUCAAAGCUCAAACUGUGUCUUUAUUCUUCUGGUUGAUACACAACACGGUGGUGUUGUGAAAGUAGAAGGGGACGUGAGUAAACUGGACUUCGACGUGAGCAGUGUUUAUGACUGCGCUGCGGAGUGGAUUCAGAAGCAUUCCAAGAUCUCUGUGUCGCCCGUUGACAGGAUAUGGAACAAGCUGGGGAAUGCAAACUGGGGAGACAUUGGUACUUUGCAGGUGGUUUUCGCUACUUACCACAGUAUAAUGCAGUUCUUUGGACCGCCUAGGCACUCUAUUGAAGACUUAGCCGCUGACCACACCUCUCGCCUUCACUCAAGAAGACAGGAGAGGCACUUGGGGGAGGAUACUAGUCUCAACGAAAACGGUGCGUUUAGGUCUCCUGAAAUCGUCGAAGUUCAAGAAGAAGAAGAGCGUGGAGAGUCUAUGAAGCUUGAAGUUGGAUCUGUUCUGUGGUUGGAGGAUUCAAACUACCAAAAAGGCUAUCAGAUUAGCCACGUGUCUCUUCCUCAUCAUAUUGCAUCACCAGUGGAUGAUGAUGACGACUCAGGGAGGGCUGUGUUUCUCUACGUUGGCUCUCCUCCUUCACAGCUUGAGCCUGCUUGGGAAGACAUGAACUUAUGGUACCAAGUGCAAAGACAAACUAAGAUACUAAGCGUCAUGAAGCAGAGAGGGCUUUCUAGCAAGUACUUGCCGGAGCUCCACGGCUCUGGUCGGGUAAUUCACCCGGGACAAUGUCGGAAACCGAGUUCUGGCGGACGGUGUGAUCAUCCUUGGUGCGGAACUCCCAUCCUUGCGACCACUCCAGUCGGGGAGAGGGUCGCUGAUUUGGUUAAUGAAGGCAUGUUUGGACCAGAAGAAGCUAUCAGAUGCUGCCACGAUUGUUUAUCCGCGCUCUCUUCCUCCUCUUCAGGUGGGAUUCGCCACGGGGAUAUCCGACCUGAGAAUGUGGUUUAUGUUACUUCAGGUGUGAGACAGCCUUACUUUGUAUUAAUAGGUUGGGGUCACGCGGUGCUCGAGGAGAGAGAUAGACCGGCCAUGAAUCUUCACUUCUCAUCGACCUACGCGCUUCAGGAAGGGAAGCUCUGCGCUGCCUCGGACGCGGAGAGUUUGAUCUACAUGCUUUACUUCUGUUGUGGAGGGGACUUGCCUGAUUUGGAUUCGGUUGAAGGAGCUCUUCAGUGGAGAGAGACCUCUUGGUCUAAGAGGUUGAUACAGCAGAAGCUUGGCGAUGUCUCGACCAUUUUAAAGGCCUUUUCUGAUUACGUUGAUAGUCUGUGUGGGACGCCGUAUCCUUUGGAUUGUGAUAUUUGGUUGAGGAGACUGAAGAGGAAUCUUUCGGAAGAUCAUGGGAAAGAUAUCGAAACUUCAGGCUAAAGCUCAUGUGAGUGUGAGUGUGUCCUUAUAUUAAACAUUCUUUUCAGGUGCUGCUCUCUGCUUUAACCUGUCCGAGAGACUGGAGAAGCUUCACUAGAUGAGACGUAUCCUACGGUUUUGGGACCAUCUUUGUAUAGGUAUCUUUGGGAUGUGGAUUAGAUUCUGUGUUUGCCUUCGCUGUUAAUGUUCUGUUCCUUUUCUUCAUUAUUGUUAUUAUUGUUAUCUUGAAAGUGAUUCUCUAUUAUUUCAUUGUAAUGAUUCUUGUA